CCCUCAAAGCUGAUCAACUCUCACUCCAUCACUGUUAAGCCCCAUUACGCCAUUACCUUUCAGUUUCUUCUUCUACUCUUUCUCACUCUCUCGUUCUCCUCUGCUCUCAGAUGGCUCUCGAGGUUGCUGUCAAGGCCGCCUUCGGCGCCCCUCAUCUUCUCGGCGACUGCCCUUUCAGCCAAAGGGUUCUUCUGACCUUGGAGGAGAAGAAAGUGCCCUACAAAUUGCACUUAAUCAAUCUCAGCGACAAACCCCACUGGUUUACGGAAGUGAAUCCGGAGGGGAAGGUGCCUGUGGUGAAGUUUGAUGACAAAUGGGUGGCUGAUUCUGAUGUCAUUGUUGGGAUCAUUGAGGAAAAAUACCCUGAGCCUUCUCUCAAAACUCCUGCUGAAUUUGCUUCUGUGGGAUCAAAGAUAUUCGGAUCUUUUGUGACAUUUUUGAAGAGCAAGGAUCCCAAUGACGGAUCAGAACAGGCUUUGCUUGCUGAACUGAAGGCAUUCGAUGAGCAUCUUAAGGCACAUGGUCCUUACAUUGCUGGGGAGAAGGUCACUGCUGCGGAUCUGAGCUUGGCACCAAAACUGUACCAUCUCAAGGUGGCUCUCGGUCAUUUCAAGAAGUGGACUGUUCCAGCAGACUUGACCCAUUACCAUAAGUACACUGAGCUGCUUUUUUCAAGGGAAUCUUUCGCGAAGACCGCUCCUGCUGAAGAGAAGUAUGUGAUUGCAGGAUGGGAGCCGAAGGUGAAUCCAUGAAAUGGUCCUAGAUUAUGAGCUCAUCUGUUGAAGUUUAGUUGUGUAGGGUUAAGACUUAUGCAUGUCAGACUUGGAACCUAAACUUGACUCGAUCGGGUUAUUCCCGUGUCUAAUAAAUGUGUUUAUUUAAGUCGUCUA